AUCUGAAUCAUCGUCAUCUCCAUAACUUAAGAUCGAAUUUUUAUACAAUGUCAAAUUAUACCUGCUUCGCUCGUUCUCUUAUAUUUACCAUAAUCUCUUUUGGAAUUCUAAUGCAUGAAUUUGUUGAAGGUAAAACAACUUCAAAUACAGCUACCUCAAUAAUCAAGACUAUUAAGGGUGACAAUAGAGAGAUUAUCGAUUGUUACGAUAUAUACAGCCAACCUGCUUUCAACAAUCCUUUGCUUCGUAAUCACAAGAUACAGAUGGAACCAAGUUCAUAUCCGAAAGGAGUACAACCAAAGGAUCAAGGAAUCUUUAAGCUAACACAAUCUUGGCAUAAGUAUGGAUUAUGUCCAGAAGGAACUGUCCCCGUACGAAGGUCUAGAAAGAAUUACAAUCCAAGAGCAUCAAUUUCGAGUACACGCCAGCUUUUCCCAUCUUUAAUGGAUGCUACUACUACCGUUGAGUACGCGAUAAUUACUCCAGAUGGAGACACUUUUCAAGGAGCACAAGCGAGUAUUAACAUUUGGAAACCACUAAUCGAACAACCAGAGGAAUAUAGUACAUCACAAAUUUGGAUUUCGACGGGCCACAUGCAAGAAGUUAUUAUAACCGGUUGGGAAGUUAACAAAAAGUUAUACGAUGACAACGAGCCAAGGUUCACUUUGCACUGGACAGCUGACAAAUUCAACACGACGGGUUGCUACAAUAUUUAUUGCCCAGGUUUUGUGCAGACAACGUCAAAGAUCUCCCUUGGUUCCAACUUCGAUCAUAUAUCUAUUAUUAAUGGCACCCAGUACUCUUCCACCUUCGUAAUGUUUCAGGAGAAAUCAACUGGAAAUUGGUGGUUGCAAUUAGAAGGUAUUGUUGUGGGAUACUGGCCACAUCUUCUCUUUAAGCAAUUAUCAGUAAAGGCAACACGAACAGAUUUUGGUGGAUUUGUUUUAAAUACAAAACCUAAUGGGCGACAUACCAAUACUCAAAUGGGCAGCGGUCAUUUUCCUUCUGAAGGAGCUUUUGGGAUAUCAAGUUUUUUUGAUCGAGUUAAAGUAGUUGAUGGAAAUUAUGAAUCUAAAAUACCUAAAUAUGUUACCAAGUCCAUAACAAAUCCAAAUUGCUACGAUUUGAUCCUUGACAAGGAUGAUUCCAGUGGCAUCAAAUUCAACUAUGGAGGUCCUGGUUUUUCCAGUACUUGUCAAUGACUGCCCCUGACGUGAUCUAAGGUGGCUAUUAUCUACAAGGCUAGAGCUGAGCAGGUUACUUGGCAUCUACUAAUGCGAAUAAAGAUUGUCAUGGAACAAUGAGCCAAAGAAACGAUAUGGAUAUCACUCGUUCGGAACCGUACCGUCCAUUUUCUGUUUGUUUUGAUUUUCCAAAGAAACGGCAAAUGAGUUGGCUUGAAUGAAUGGAUUUUUCUAAUAAUUAUUAAUCUUUAAUUUUGUUUGCA